CGCCACUCACAUGUCAAAUCAAAUAUGGCGAAUCAAGUGGAAAAGGAAAAUCCAUAGUGACAUAACAGCAGCAUAUCCUCAAAGCAACACUGCUUCCGUGUAUUGUGUAAGACUGAAGCGGAAAGUGAUUGGUUGUAAGGAAAAAUCGAAUUUGCAAAAAAAAAAAAAUAUUAAGGAAAAUUAACCAAAUAUAAUAUAUUAAAUAAAACAAUUACAAUGCCGUUAGGUAGAGAAAGAAGUUAAUCCUUAAAAUUGAGAGUGCAACCAACAACUAGCCUAUGAAAUAGUCUAUACAUAUUUAAAUAAAUAAAAUAUAUGUACACCUAUGUAUGGCAUAUCUGUACAAACAGUUUUACACCACCCACGCAUAGAGUUGAAAAAGCGACAAAGCAGCGACUACACAGCUUUUAGCUUGACUUUGUGCGAACGUAUUUUAUUUUCGCGAAAAAAUCAAUAUUUAUUGAAUUUAUUUACGUGAAUUAUAAAUAAAAAUGCCAAACAUGUGGAAUGUGCAGAAUAAAGUGAGAAUUUAGCACAAGGCUACUUGAAACAGACUCUAAUCGAUUUAAGGAAUAAAAAGCUUUACACCACUAUCACGGUUAAGCGUUUAGUGUCGCUUAGUAAAGUUGUGCAGUAUUAUUUAUUAAUUUGUAAAUACGUACAUACAUACAUACAUACAUAAUUUGGUGUGUGUGCUUCGUUUUUCUUUGCGUUUCGAGGAGAGAUCGAUCAUUUUACAAUGUCGUAUGCGGUGCGCGCUGAAGUUGAGUCCAGUAAGGACUUACAAGAUUUAAGUGAUAAAACUGAUGGUGCUGGCGAUAGUACCGGUGCAAUCUUGCGUAAUACAAAGCAAUUAACGGCAACAUUAUCGCUGUCGCAGCAAGCGAACGAGCAAUUAAAGGAUGAGCAGCUGUAUUGCGCAACAGGCGCUAAAUUACCAACAACAUCGACCCUAGCCGACUCUGCCGCUGCCGCUGCCGCUGCCACUGCAGUCACAAAUACUAUGUCUUCGUUGCCAUCGACACCAUCAACGUCGUCCACGUCGGCAGCGCUACCGAUAGCCGUUUACUACUUGGCCAGCUUCCAUCAGAUUUGUGUGGUGACUGCACUGCUUCCAUUGGUGACAUUAUUCAUCUGUUUCGUCACCGCGUACGUCUUCCAAUAUGAUGAUGUGCACGAAACGCAUUGCCGUGUCUACAACAUUGUACCAUCGAUAAGUGCCAUUACCGGCGUGAGUCCACAACGCUACUUCUGGCGCCUGAGUAUUGCCUUACACAUUGGACCCCGCUUGCCCAUCGCCUUUGUGUAUAAGAAUUUUUACCGCAGCAUGUUGAGCAAUCUGCAGCAGCGCCAACCGCACCUGGUGCCGAAGGCGGAUUUAAUGAUAAAAUUAAUUUUAGUUUUGAAUUUGAUCGAAGUAUCAUCGUUGGGCGGUGUGACCUACAUUUCGAAUAGGGAGAAUUAUCCAAUACACGAGAAAAUCUUCAUCACCUUCAUGGUUUGUUCACUCUGCUACAUGUUGGCCACGAUCAAACUGCAUGAAAUACUCUUCGAGGAUGAAAGCAAACUGUUGCCCAUGCAACGUGAGUCUAUCAAAUGGAAGAGAAUACUCUUCAUCACGUCCAUACUUAGCACCGUCGGUUUGUUGGUCUUCUUUGCCAAACAUCGAUUUUACUGUCAUGAUUUGGCCUUCAGUUGGUUCGCCUUCUUCGAAUAUGUGAUCGCCAUUGCGAAUAUGCUUUUCCAUUUCACAAUUAUUUGGGAUUUCCCAUCACAAUUUAUGCUAAUUGUGCAGGGGCCAAAGGAGAAAAUCGAAGAUAUCUUCAAGCGUGCAAUAGCGAAGUGCGAUUAAAAUGAGUGGGUGGAGAAAACAAAAAAAAAAAAAACAAAAGAAAAAAUAUGAU